GAAAAGUCAAUGGAAAAAAAAUAUUUAAAUAUAUGACUGAUCGUAACUGUAUUCGUAUCCAAGAGUGACGUUUUAGUUAUCACUCUAUCAGUCGAUUUUUAACAUGUCGUAAAGGUUCAAUUCCCAAGUUACUCGACAAUCAUUAGAUCGUUAAAAUCGUUCUUCAUUGGUUAUUUGGUACUUUAAUCGAUUGAUUUUUGUCGCAUGAAUACGUCGAUAUGGAUCACACAAUGCACCCGGAUUUGAUCAGCACACUCAGGCUUUUCAUCCAGAGGUUGGGAAAUUUGGGGGCAUCCAGAGUGGAUGAUGACAGUUCUGAUGACGAAAUUAUCGUAUCAGAGACAAUAUCUAGCAGCAUGCCUUUUUCCAACACAGAACAGCUCACUAAGAAUGAUAUAUGCUUCGAGACUAAACUGGCGUCUGGCCUCGUACAAACCGAGGAGAAAGAUGUGAAUCAAUGUGUCACGUCUAUCAUUCAGAGGAGCCAGCUGGGGCCUGGCUUUACCACUGGUCAAAUUCGAAGGAUUGGAAAUCAUUUUUUGCCCAAUAAAAUGAAGCAGGUUGAUAAGUACAGUAGUAAAGCCUUCUGCGGAAGCUAUUCCAAGAGUGGAGAUCUACUUGUCACUGCCAGCCAAGAUAAUUAUUUACGAUUCUAUCACGCAAGGAGUGGAGUCUACAAACUGUUUAAGAAGUUGAAUGCCCACAAUGUGUCGUGGAGUAUUUUGGAUACUGCGUUUAGUCCUGAUGGGAAUUAUAUUGCAUAUUCGUGUUGGUCGGAUUCGUUGUACCUUUGCCCGAUUGAUGGAGAUUGUACCAUGCAGGAGGCACUUCCUCUCGUUCCCUCGGAUACUGGAAGAUUCUGUAUAUUUUCAUUAGUUUUCUCAAGUGAUGGAAGAGAAAUCCUUGGAGCUGCUAACGAUGGAUGUCUUUACGUGUACGAUAGAGAAUGCCACCAGUGUGCCAUCAAAAUCGAAGGCCAUGCCGAGGAUGCUAAUACCGUUGCUUUUGCUGAUAGCACGUCGCAGAUUUUGUACAGUGGAGGGGAUGAUGGGCUUUGUAAGGUCUGGGACAGGAGGACCUUAAACGAAGCAAAUCCCCACCCAGUGGGAAUCCUCGCUGGCCACAAAGACGGUUUAACUUACGUGGAUCCCCGUGGUGAUGGUCGUUACCUGAUAACAAAUAGCAAAGACCAAACGAUAAAACUGUGGGAUGUGCGAGUGUUCUCGGGUGCCGAGGCCGUGGACAACACUCGACGAGCCGUUGCCAAUCAGAACUGGGACUACAGAUGGCAACGUGUUCCCAAGAAGUUUUCUACAGCUAAUAAAGGGAAGCUCGAUGGUGAUACGAGUGUAAUGACAUAUAGGGGCCACAUGGUAGUGCAGACACUGGUGAGAUGUCAUUUUUCACCACCUGUUACUACAGGACAGAGAUACAUCUACACUGGAUGUGGAACUGGCAAAGUCAUAAUUUAUGAUCUCCUAACUGGGAGCAUAGUUAGAACACUGGAAGGACACAAGGGUUGCGUCAGAGACGUCAGUUGGCAUCCAUAUCGUCACGAAAUCAUAUCAUCCUCGUGGGACGGGGUGAUUGGAGCCUGGAAGUAUGUGGCGAACGAAUCAGAAAUGCACGACGAGCGGCUUCUCUCUCUUUUCUGAUGAAAAAAUCGGCAAAUAAUUUAGCUGAAGUGAUGAAACUAUUAUUCCGAUGAGUAUUUUAUCUACGUUUAAUGAGUUAAUAAAUAUUGGAUACUCCACUGGAAAA